AUGCCUACUCAUUCAUUUUGGUCCCUGAUAUCAAAAUUCACUCAUAAGGACAUUUUGAAUGAGUUGGAGCACCUUUCACAAAUCCACACCAAUGUAGGAAGAUGUCGGGCAUGGGUUCGUCUUGCUUUGAAUGAUGGUUUAAUGGAAAGUUACCUUGAUGCACUUUUGAUGGACAAGAAUAAGCUGUUGGAGUCGUAUAAAGGUUCAUCAUUUAUGCUGGAUGCAGAGCUACCAUCAAUAAUGAAAACUUUCCUGCAAGGCCUUGGUGAAUUCAAAUUUGAUUUUAACUACAACACGCCUGGUCUGAACAGUUGGUCUGGUGAUACAUUGGCUCUCUGUGGUAUUUGGCAGUUACCAAAAGUGGCCCCUCGUUCACUUUCACCAGUCUAUUCAGGUAUGCCUAGCCAUGGAUCUUCAACAGUUCCAGUUGUCAUCCCAGCCUCCUCAUCAGCAAGCCCCCCAGCAGCAGGUGUUAGGCCCAUGCUUCAUCAAACCUCUGGUUCCUUAGCUUGCGGUGAAGCAGAAGUGGCUGAACUUGCUGGAUGCAGUAUUGAGGACAGCACAGAAUUGAAACGAAGAGCACUAGAACAGCAAACUGUGGCUAACAGAACAAAAGAGGAAUCAGUUAGCAGAGAUAGUUCACCCUCAGCAGAAGAGGAUGUAAAUGCACAAGGCCACAAACAAUCCUCACCAGCAGUACAACCCUCCUCUCAAGGCAAUGAACGUGAUACCAUCAGUCCAACCCCUCUGAUGGGUAGCAACAAACUUGGCAUGGCCAGUGGCUGGUCCUCGGCAUUUGAAACACAGGCUGCGGUAGAAACUGAUGGUGGCAAUGCUAAUGAAGCAGAUCAUGUAGGGCCUCUGCCGUGUCCUCGGGAGCCACUUAGUCAAGUGACGCAUGCAAAGUUACAAAAUGUACCCAGCUUUGGGACUUUGUUAAAGGACUACACUGUUCAGGGACCUAACAGAUUUGAGGCCCCUGUUUAUGCUGAGGGUGCUGUACCUUUGCCACCUGCAGCACAGCAGGUAGAGAGUGAUGUUAACUUUAUUCUCAUAUAUCCUUGA